AUGCACCUCCUGGUGUAUCUUGGAUUAGUCCUUGCCCUUUGUGGCAUCUCCUCUGCUGCUCCAGCUGCCGCAGCUGCCCUUCUUCAAGAUGGGCACCCUAGCAAGCUUUGCAGCAUCAUCGCGGUCUACGUGACAGUUAAAACCUUUGGCGUUGCCCACCACUUGGACGAGACUCAGCAUAUUGAAGCCGUUUCUGAUGGACUGACUACCACAGUCACAAGAACUCAUACUGGAUUCAAAACUGUCACUGUUACUAUCGACAUUUCCGGGGUUCCGAGCUCUGAUAUUGAUAUCUGGGAGUUCACGUCUGUCCGUUUCCUACACGAUGGUCCUUCCCCAACUGAGAAGGAAGAGCAUAAUCUCCCAGGAGGCCCUACAAUCCCCGAGACGGUUAACACUACAUCUCAAAACCUCGCAGUCCCUACUGGAUCGGAUGGGUCCAAGGCCCCAUUGAUGGUCAACACCGCAUCCCAAUAUCUCACAGCACCUACUGUAACGGCAGCGACAAAGGACCCAAUGACGGUUAACACCACCUCUCAAUAUCUCACGGCCCCCACUGGAACGGGAGUGACCACGGCCGAGGUGGUGGUUAAUUCCACCGAAGCACAAUCUAGUUCUGGCGGCGAUGAUGUCGUAGUUGAAACUGUUACAGUAUACCCUGUGAAGUCUAUUGAGCCAGAAAUUAGUUCAGACGAUUCCCUUUACCACACUGUUGCUCCAAUCUCUCACGAUCCAGUGUCGGCGAGUCUUUUCUCAGAUGGCACCGAAACUACCCCCACUCAAACAGUUGGUAUUUUAACUAAUGUUACGAUUCGCGCACAAUCUCCGCCACAACUCACCACCCUGGCAGCUAUGAAAGGUUUUGCCAAUGACGAGAGUAAACCGCUCGAACGCAAGGACGCACUUGGCGCAAUUCUCUUUGUACCUCUUAUUGAUGAUGUUACAAAAAUCACCGUAGGCCUUCCAUUUAUCACCACAGUCACUGUUCCUGUGGAUUUUUCAAAAUCCACCGUAUACACUUCCGGACGAUCUUUCUCAAUUUACAUUCCUGGACCGGGAGAAGCUCGGUUGAAAAAACCUACAACUGCCCCGGCUGACUCUACCACGUAUAUGGCCUGGCCUGCUGGUACUCAUGCGCCUCUGGUGCCUCUUGACGAAGCUGCAACAGUCACCUUAAAGCUUCCAUUUAUCACCACAGUCACCUUUCCCGCGGAUCUUUCAAAGGCCACCAUGUACACAUCUGGACAUUUUUUCUCAACUUACAUUCCUGAACCGAGAGAAGCUCGGAUGAGAAAACCUAUACCUGUCCCGGCUGACUCUACCACUGCCACAUCCACUUGUCCUCUUGUUGCCGUUGUUCCAUCAUGCGGCGAGCAAGGUAUCUUCAGGCUUACUUUUGAUGACAUCCCCCACCCCGCCGGUGCAGCAAACUCCAACGAUGUCCAAACCCAACCCAUUCCCAGCCCCUACCACCACUUCUACUUCUCUCAAGGCUUCGUCGUCGCCCCUCCCCCCAAAGACCCCUACACUCCCGCAUCCGCGCCGCUGCUCCUCGAAUUCGUCACACAGAGCAACACCAACGUCACACGCACCCACAACUCCCCCCCGAUCGACGAGUACGGCGCCACCGGUGAGAUCAAACUAUAA